GGACUUCAAAAUUCAUAAAGGAGGCGCUCGAGGAAAGUGAGGAGCAAAAAAACAAAUAAUGGAUCGCAAGACACGCCGGGCGAACUUUAAAAACUUACAGCUUCGAUCGGCACGAAGCACCAAAGCAUCUAUUGAUACACCCCACUUUAUUGACAUACCCGAGGAUUCCCCGUCAUCCCCAUCUGUCAUUCCUCCAGAGUCGGAUACUCCUGAACGCAAAAUCAAACCAAUACGAAACAGCAAUGUGUUUGAAAAACCUGGUCCCAAGCCUAAAAAGGCACCGAAACUCAAGGGAAGUAGUGCAUCAUCAACGACUGGCUCACGCCGAGGACGCGGGAAGAACAACCAGCCUAGUAUCAGCAACUUCUUGAAGAACGAACAGAUCUUUGCCGAGGUGACCGCCCAACACUGUAUGGCGGAUAACUUUAGCCCAGAUGACAUUGAAAUGGCGCUGGCGCUAUCAAAGUCGGAGGCUGAGGCUAAGAAGCGGGGAUGCCUGCGAUUGAACGAUGAGAAGGAUGCGGUAGUGGACCUGAUUGAUGAUAAAGUGGUGUCAACGGAGAAUAUACGCUUAAAACUGCAAAAAUAUGGCUUUCGGACAGCCGCCAAAGAAGAUUACAACUCCUUAGCGGUCCUUCCUGUGUUGGCUGGAAAAGGAGGUAGACGUGGUAAAUGGGCCAAUAAGUUCACUGCCCUAACCCUACGGAAUCCUAUAGUACAACAGAAGAAGCUGGAAGAAAAAGUAUCUGCAUUGCUAGCCCAACAAGUGCGCACCAAGACUCUAAAAGAUGAAGAUAGUUUGGUACCGACUUAUACAGUGAUUAGUGCAUCGCUGCAACAAAUCAAGGCGGAAAGUGGAUUUAAAAUCCUUCGAGAACCGGACGAAGGAGAGAUAGAAAACUUAAAUUUAUACUACGUAAAAGACUUAAUUCAAGUUAGCCAAGCACCUGCUCAUCACCUUCUCAAAAAUUGGGCUGCAAUACAGGGACGAGAUUUAUCUCCAGAAAGGGAAACACCUAAAUCGCGCCAAUUAAAGCAACAGUUGGAACGGGUCUACGUGGAGCUGGAAAAUCAUUUUGGGGAUCAACAGAAGUUGGAAGAACAAGUAGAUGAGUUGGAAAAUCUAGUUGCAGAAAAUAUGAUUGAAGAUGACUCCAAAAUUGGUGAUAAUGUGAAAGAAGCGACAUCAUCAACUAGCAGCAGUCCAUGCAAGGAACCGCCAGAUAAACGACCGAAAACGGACAUGGAUGAUAAAGAAAACCAGAAACUGCAACCAACAACUAGUAACCUUAGCGUUCCAAUUCAGAUAACACGUUGCAUCUCGCCAGAUCUCUUUGCUGAUUCUGAUGAUGAGCAAGAUAUGUCAACAAGUGCCAUUUCUAACGAGCCCACAAAUGUUAAGGAGCUUUCUUUAAAGGUCUACAAGAAUGUAAGCAUAUAUUCCUCUUCGGAAUCCCCAACUCAAAUAACAACCUUUGAAGUUUUCUCCAGUGAUGAAGUAAAGACUGUUACCAACGCUACACAAGGGAAGAUAUCUUUUGAGGAUAAGCCAAUAGAUGACUUCAUUGACCUUACCCAAGAUUUUGAAAAUUCAAUAUUUAGUGAGCAAAGCCCCAAAAUUACAAGUCCAGUAAAACCAUCUGCAUCCGAUUCUAAUGUCGACAUCUUAUUUGGCGAUGUGGACAUAAACUUCAGUUCCGAAAAAUCAUCAUUUCACCUCGAUAUAAUAACCACUCCAAACGACACUAAACGGAGUUCGAGCUUUAAUGACAUAAACUUUUCCGAAAACUCAAUCCGAAGAAGUAACAGUGUCUCAACGGAUUACAGCUUUAAAAGUCCGUUGAAUUUCAAAAUGAACUUGUCAGCUGAUAAACUCUUACUGCCUGUGGCUUCUCCCUAUGCCCACUCGGAGGCAAGUAUAGAUCUAACCCAAAAUAGCAACGAUGAAAGCGAUGUGAUUUUGCUUUCCGAUGAGGAAAUUAAUUAUUCGAUAUGGAAGUCCAAUAAGACGGCAAAGGCUUUGGAUAUAGAGAACGAAAGCUCAGAUAGCAGUUUCUCUUCUCCGGUAACCAAAAAGAGAGCUGUUCCACAGUUCCGAACUGAAAGUGAUUUGGAUGAUUUUUUGAAGGCAUUUUCUAACGAUGGCAACAGAUCAAAAAGUUCAAAUUCGCCCAACAAAUGUUCUCUUAGCAAGGAUCGAGCUGAAUUUGGAAUACUGGAUGCUGAACCGUCUCAGCCGCUUAGCUCAUUCGAGCUGCAAAGUCCCAUUGAGAAUAGUGAUAUCAACUGGGCAGAAGCAUCCUUUUUGGAUCCUCCGAUAAAGCCCUUGGCUCGCAGGAGCAGUCACAAAUUUAAUGACCUGCUAGCGAAAAUAAGCAAACCUGAAAGUAAUUCUGAUCUCGACUAUGAUGAAUUCGAUCAGAUGGUCUUUCAAAACACAAAAAGUGCGUCUGUUUCUGCGGAAACAAAUGACUUACCCAGUGGUCUGGAUCUUCUGUUAAGAGGGGAGAUUAAAACUACAGCUUUACCAGAGCCGUGUGCUCCUAAGGAUCAACCUCAGAUUGUGCCUGACCAGGUAGAGAUAGAUGGAAAAGUGUACUCCGUAGGUGUUUGUCAUACGCCAAAACCAGAUUUCGCUACUCUUUCGGAAUCGGAGAUUCUAAAGCAGCUUUACGAGUAUGGCAUUAAACCACUAAAACGCAAGCAGGCCGUCAAAUUGCUAGAGUUUAUCUAUAACCAAACACAUCCUAUUAUGCAGGCCGCUCAUAUUCGAGACUUACCACCUAGAUCGGAACUUAUUGCCCGAUCUAAGUCAACUCCCGUGAUGAUGGAGAAGCCCCUGUCAAAACUUUUAAAAUUCACCACUGAAGAUUCCUUGACUCCAACUGAGUCGAAAACGGAAUUCAAAUUUAACGAUGCUUCAGGAGAGGAGCUGCUUCGUUUUUCCCAAACGAUUCCACCAAUGCUUUGCAACGACUUUGAGACCUUUGUCAUGCAAACGAACGUAUCUAAGAAGACUCCACAGCCACUUGUUCCACUUCACAUUGCCUGGCACAAUCUUCUGUGUGCCAAUCCUCAGCUGCACGAGAGCGUCCUUAUGUUUGAGCCCAUCGAUUUACAGGAAGUGUACUUAUAUUUAAAGCACUUGGGUCACCGGUACGAUCCCAAGGAUUUAAAGAGCUUUUUUGACCAACGCUGCAUUAUCUUUCGUUAUGAAUUGGCCGCUCCCGGUAAGCAAUCGGAACGUCACGUGCGGAAGCAGCCAAAAAAGACGUCUAAGAGGAAUUAGACUCCAAAUUUAUCUUUUCUGCAUCAAACCAGUUGUAUUCCUUUCUAGUUAUACGCUAUUCCAAAUUCUUUGUAAUUAUUUUCGAAUAUAUUUUCACAUAGGACAUUGUUAUUUAGCAUUUAGUGAUUUAAAUUUAUAAACUAGAAAUUUAUUCGUCUAUGUGGAUAUCGUUUAUAAAACCACAUCGUUUGAAUCCCUUUUCCAAAUAGCUUUACAAUAAAUAAUGAAUUUCUAUAUUU